GAAGUCCAAAAUAACAAUUCGUACAAUAUUUAAUUUUUAAUAUGUAUCGGUAAUUCUAAAUUUCGUCUUUCUUCAAAGAAUAAAAUCGAUACGUUAUACAACCUUUUAUCUUUUGUAUAUAUUUGUGAAUGGAUUUAUUUUGCUAAUAUGUAUAAAGUGAAAUCAUGAAAUAUUUGUUUAAAUAUUGUUAAAUUGAAAUGUAAUCCCAAGAAAAUGGUUAGUUAUAAAAAUGUCAAAUCAACAAUAUCUUCUAGCAAAAUGGGUACAACAGUAAUUCCAACGAUGAUUGUUCAGGAUAUUUUGCCAUACGGACCGAAACUCUCUAAAAAAGUGGACAUGAGCGCUGUAUUACCUUUUGUUAUUUUGCCACUGUUGUUGGUUAUUGCUACAAUAUCCAGAUCAGUGACUAUAGUAGUGAUGAUUUUUAUUGGCAUGGGAGCGAUGUACGCGCAGUCUCGACCGCGGCAAAAAAACAGGUCACCAUUUUUCUACUCCUGGACAUUAUCGUCAGGUGUUUGCAUGUUUCUAGUGUUUGAGCUAGGAGUACUGAGGUUGUUAGAAAUAACUCAGCUGGAAAAUUUAGUGUUUUUACUCCUUCUUGCGAGCACUUGUUAUUUCUUUUAUAAAAUGAGAGCUGUUGCAGAUUUUGAACUUUCAACUGGAAACUCAAAAGGAAAAGAGUACAGUCCUGUACUGACUUCAGACUCAUAUUAUUGCCAAAUUUGUCAAUUAGAAGUUAAUGAAAGGUUCUUUCACUCUAUAUGGUGGGACUGUUGUGUUCUUAGACCAAACUACUCAUAUUUUUUGGCUGGCCAAGUGUUUGCAUUUGCAACUCUAUUGUAUGGAACAAAUUUAGGCCUGACUACUGUAUGUCAGCCGUUUAUCUUCUAUGAGACUAUACUUAUGCCAGAGGACUGUACUGAUGUGUAUUACGAUUUCAACCUCGCAAUCUGCUUUGUAGCCUGCGUCUAUGGACUUGGGUACGUUUUGGUGACCACACUAGUUCUAAUAAGACAGCUGCUCAUAUACAUUCCAAAAUAUAGUGAGCCAAAGUGGAGGAAAAUAGUAAAUGUAUUAACAGUAUAACUGUGUUAACCUAAUGGAGUAUUGCUCUUACAUUAAUCAAAUUGUUAAUGUAAUGUAUUCUUAAUAAGAAUCAGUCAAAAUUU